CGGGGCUCUGGCUCUAAGGGCAGGAGUAGGAACGGGGUGGUUUUUAGUCAGUAAGGGUAGAAGUCUCAAUGAUUUUCCCCCUUAAAAAAAGUACCUAUUUAAACUUAAAUACCUAUAGACUAAAAUGUCUUUGAUUCUGAGUUAUCUAAUCUUUAAGGAAAUUGUUAAAAUAACGUAUGUGUUUUUAAUUUAAAAAAUGUAGCAUGAAACUGCGGAGAUGAAGAACUGAAGAUGUUCUUUGUUUAUGCCGGCUGAAGAUUUAAUAUGAUAUUUGUUUUAAUAAUUCGACGCUCCCAACCAAGAACUCGGUAAUGUGCUAUUAUCGGGUUUAUGCUGUUAUGUCAAUUUCGGCGCGUAUGGACUUGAAUACACCUUGACAAUUUUUCUCAGAUUUUUCCUAAUAAUAGUUACAAAGAUAUCAUGACGCCCAUGUUUAUUGUUGGGAAUUAAUACACAAUAAUAUCUCGGCAAAAAACAUGUUAUACAUCUGUACGAAAAAACAAUUUAUAUUUUAUUUUGGUAAGUUGCGAUUACCGGGUUAUUGCCGUAAAUAAUUUUCAUGAAGAUUUAGGUAAACGUGUGUACGGGGUUUUUGUUGAAUUCAUUGUAAAAUACGUAUUCCGUAAUACACACUAACAAUGUUAUUGAAGAUUGGUAUUGGCUCAUUAAUGUACGUAAUAUUUCAAUACGGUUAAUUUAUUCCAAAUUUCAAUACACCUAGGUUUGUUCUGGAUAUUACUGUUUUUGUCCAGCCGCGCAAUAGUUUGCAAAGCGCAGUUGUCUCUUUUUUUUGGUAGUUGAUAGACAGUAAUAGAUAUAUGCCACGCCCCCAACAAGUGUUAUUGGCCAUCGGCUCGGUGCGUAAAGUUUGUUUACGUAAACAGUUUCAUUCAGAUCUCUGGACUUGCACGCAAAUAUUUGCGCCACGCUCGAUAUUAUUUAAGUUUUUUAGCGAUAAACGGAUAGGUAGUUUAUUAGUAAAGUUAUUGAGUGCACAGUGAUAAUGAGUUUUAGAAGAAAUAGACCAUUAAUAAAUGAACGUGUGAAACGAAUGCUUCAAAUGGUUGAGGACACAGUUAUUACAAGCGCUGAUCAAGAGGCAGAAUGUCCAGAAAUAACUCCGAAGGCAUCUACUAGUGCAAUGUCUGACGGCCAAACGUUAUCAAAAGAUACAGAUUGCGAUAUUAUUGCAGUUGAUCCCGAAUCUAGUGUAAAAGAAACCUUUUCCAAUCAAGUUCUGUCAAAAUAUGAGUUACGAGGUACGUAUUAAAUCCUAACCGUAGAUAAUUUUAAUCAUCACAUUUUUUCUGUGACAUUCAAAUUUUUAUAAGUAAGUAGUAUUUUUACAUUCCGUAGCAAAAUAACAAAAAAUAUGCAUAUUCCCUAUGUUAUUGAUUACAGACAAAACGAAUAAAAAAUACUUUGAAACUGAUCAGGAAUCCGAUGAAGAUUUUUCGCCAGACGUCUCGGAAUAUGCUCCUAGUCCAAGCUCAAACAUAUUCAAGAGUCCAUUAAGUAGCGUUUCAAGUCUAAGCGGAGACUCUGCAUGUAUAAAUAAAAUUAUAGCAUUCCCAGAAAUUAUUAGCACUCCAUCAACAAUUUCUAAUCUAUCAUUAUAUUUAACCAAUGCUGAUUUCGUGGCUUCUUCAUCAGAAAUAUAUAAUAAUAAAGCAACAUUAGAUUUAUCUCACCCGAUUAUUGAAAAGGAAAAUCAAUCAAGACCAAACAUAAGAAGAACAAUAAGUAGCCAAGAAUAUAUAGAUGACACGUUCAAACCAGAUGAAACUUUAGAAAUUAAUCACAAUGAAACAUUGACAGGUAGAACCUCAAAUGAUUGUUCACAUGCUAGGGAAGUUGUAACCGACAAUGAGGAUAGUCCAAGCUUAAUACGGAAAAUUUGUAGCGAAGAAGAAAACAAUGAAACUUUGAGACCAGAAGAGCAGUCAGAAAGUAACAAUGACACAACAUUGACCGGUAGAACUUCAAGCGAUUGCGAGCACAUGGAGGCAGUAGAAAACGAAAAAAAACUGACUAGGAAACGCAAGCAGAAUAGAAGUGAGUGGCGUAGUAAAAAAAAUAAAAUCCUCAAAAAUUCCGGGAAAGCCUACGAAGGGUGCAAUACUAAAAAAAAAUAUCCUGAAAAAACUAUAGGCUCCCCAUGUGCGUGUAAAAAGGGUUGUGGCCAAAAAUUCAGUCCGUCAGAAAGACAAGCUAUAUUUGACAAAUUUUAUAGUCUGGCUGAUCGCGAACAUCAAUGGUUGUAUAUCAGUAGAUAUGUCCAAGCACAAACUAUUAAACGAAUGACGUUAGACCGUAAAAACAACCGCACACAAACUUUGAAUUAUUUUUUCCCUAAUUCAAAUAAUGAAAAAAUUCCUGUAUGUAAAAAAUAUUUUUUGAAUACUUUACAAAUCGGAGAAUAUGUGGUGUAUACAGCAAUGGAAAAAGUUAUGAAAGCAGAUGAAGGACUUAAGGAUAAACGGGGAAGACAUGAUAAUAGGCCUAACAAAAUGAAUACUAUGACAGAAGCCACUAUUAAAACUCACAUUGAAUUAUUUCCUAAAGUACAGUCGCACUAUACAAGAGCGACUUCAAACCGAGAAUAUCUUUCAGAAAACUUAAAUAUUUCAAAAAUGUUUCGCUUUUAUACUGAGUGGUUUACAGAACAAAAUCACACUGAUGUUGUAAUGGCAACAAAACGACAAUACGAAACAGUUUUUAACUCCCAAUAUAACUACUCAUUUUUCAAACCCAAAAAAGACCAGUGCCUUUCAUGCUCCAUUUAUGAACAAUCAGACGACACUAUGAAAGCCACCCUUGAGGAAAAACAAAGACUUCAUUUACAGAGAAAAGAAAAAGUAAGAUCAUUAAAAAAAGGAGAAAUAGAGACAGCUGACAAAUCUAAUGUGACAGUAGCAAUAUUUGACUUGCAAAAAGUGUUGAGUGUGCCUCAAUCUGAAGUAGGCGUAUUUCAUUACAAAAGAAAAUAUCCAUGCUACAAUUUUACCGUUUUUGAUGCAGUACGAAAAAUAGGAUAUUGUUAUGUGUGGCACUACCAAAUUGCUAAAAGAGGCAGUUCAGAAAUAGGAAGUGCUUUGUUAUCUUUUUUUAAAACUGAGCGUGAGAAAGGUAUAACCAAGUUUUCAUUAUAUUCGGAUGGAUGUUAUGGGCAGAACAAAAAUCGUUACAUUUUCGCCCUUUAUGUAUAUGCUGCCAAACUUUUUGAUAUAACCAUAACUCAUCGUUUUUUUGAAACUGGACAUAGUCAAAACGAGGGAGAUUCCAUGCAUGCAUGCAUAGAAAAAAACUUAAAAAAUAAAGUUUUAUAUACGCCUGACCAAAUUUAUAGUAUUAUUUUAAAUUCAAAGAUUACUGGCGAAAAAUAUCGUAUCAAAGAAUUAGAGCAGUCCGAAGUUUACGAUUUAAAACCACUCGUAGAAGACAAGUAUUGGCGGUGCGAUAAAGAUGGAAAUGUGAUCCGCUGGGCUGACGUCAUGGAGGUAAGCGUAGUCGAUACACAAGCAAAUAAGUUGUUUUUCAAAUAUAAUUUUGAAGACUCUUAUUCAGAGCUUGAUAUAAACAACACUCCCUCUACCUCAGCUAGACGACGAGGACGAAAGCGUACGAGUACUCAAGAUGCAGCUGUAUAUAUGGAUAACAUUGCAACGCGCUUACCACCAACGUAUACCAAUAAGCAAAGCUUUGCAUACAGACCUCUUGAGUUUAUGUAAAAGUGGAGCUAUUCCUCAGAGCUACCAUUCUUUUUAUCAAUCUUUGUCGUGUUCUGAAGCUGUGAACGAAAAUAUUUCUGAAGAAGAACAGAACUAAAUUGAAGAGUUUAAGCUCAAAGUUGAUUUUUUAGAUUUUUUAAUUUGAUUUAUUGGAUUAUUUUUAUUAAUAAAUGUCCUUGGUUAAUUAAAGUAUCCAAUUUUAUUCUGUGGUUUAAUAAAUAUUACUUAAAUAAUCGAAAUAUUUGUAUUUUUUCGUAUUAUUUACCUACUAAUAUUCAGUUAAAAUAUUUUUUAAAAAUUCGGUAUCGAGUGGUAACAAUAACACUGUUAUUCUAAAUUUCCUCGUAAUAAUAAAGUCAUGAAUCAAUACCGUUUUUAAAAUUAUUUGAAAUUACCACAAUAACUCCGUAAAAACACGUUAUGUAUCAGCCCCACGAUAAAAAAAAACCCCGUAGAAGUCCAUAAUAUAAUGUUAUGAAAUAUUUCAUUUGAUAAAUUUACUGCAAUAAUCCCGUAAGUACUAUUACCAUAAUAUUUUAUGUAUAAAAUUUUAGGUAUUAUUUAUUUUCCUAAAUUACUAGGUAUUUAAUAAAAGGAAUGUCAUUUUAAUGGCACAGGUAUAUUCCGCAAAAAAAUAGCUUUCAUUUAACACAUCAAUGACUUCAAUAGUCCCACUCGUUGAAAAGGUAUUUGAUAAAAUCAGUAAAUCUUUU